AUGGAGACUAGGGUCGCUGGAAUGGCAGACGAUGUGGCUGCAAUUCGACAAUACUGGGGAUCAGAGCAGGAAUACAGCCACAAUGAACUGUUUGCAAUUGCUCAGAGUCAAUGGGAGCGUGAGCAUCGCAACGGCGGUGAUGCUGCGAGGGAGUUCGUGCUGCAGAUCGUGGCGAAUCGACUGGAAGAACAGCUUCUGGCGUGGCUGUUACAGUCUCAGGUCGAUGAUACGAUCGAAGAUAUCCAAAAGUUACUGACUGUUUGCUUGCAUCCAUACUGUGCGGAGAACGGGUUGGAACUUGUAGAGAUGAUGCUGGAUACGUUGGUGACGGCGGCAGUUGUCCGAGCUGCUGCUUGUGACUGCAGUGCGGAAAACCGGAUGCGACAAAUUGACGAGAUUCGAGACGAGGUGGAAGCAAAAUUGCCGACAACAAGUCGGGCUCGUGAUGCGUUACGUGCACUGGCGAAUCGCGUUGGUAACGGUGACGAGGUAGAUAUUUGGACCACGUUUUCGGAUCUCCCCAAUGUGCUGGAAGCUGGACUGUUUAAUUCACAAAGUGCUCGAGCAUUGAUGGAUGAAGCAGAACAAGUUAUCUUGCUGCAGCAAGCUGAGUUGGAAGCUACACGAGGGUCGAGCGGAGAUCGUGCCGGUGUGGAGGCGGGGGAAGGACGACUAAUCGCAUCGGAUAUGCUUUGGAAUCUCGCAAAGCGGUCAGGGCGGUUGGUUCAAUCCAAGGCUGAUCAAAGUGGUGUUCACCGUGAUUGUCACGCACUUUCGAACACCACAAUCGAUGUCGUGGAAAAUAUGGAGGAAUUGGAGGCGUAUCUAAAAGCAAAACCGAAUAAGGGUCAGUCUUGUAGCAGCAACUGUUUCCCCGAUCUAGUCUCUAGCGAUGAGGAUGCGGAUCCUUCUGCCAUUGGAUUACUCUCAGGUGUUCACAUUUCAUCUGACAAGAAGGAGUUUGUCACUGAUGACGUUAUUGAAAGGGCUGUCGAUGAGCUUUCUGCGAUGGAAAAUCUUGAUGUGAUCUCCGUUCAGACGUCGUUUCUUCUAAGUUUGCAAAUGCGUCUAAGGUUUCAUUUCCUAGAUCGAUUUGAAUCCACAAACGAUGAACUUGUGCGACGGAUCAGAUCUGUAUUCAAUCGCCUUACGGGCAAGGCUCCCGAUUCGAAGCAUGUUGCGUCGCUGACUAUUCUAGCUGCAUUUUGUCCCACGCAAGUCGUUGGACAGUGCAUUCUCGGUGCUCGGGCAGGCGUUCUACAUCAAAACUUGUAUGUACAGGUGCUACGGGCAUCGCCCCUGCUCCUGGAAUGGAUUGACGGUGUUUCAGAUGGGUGCGAGACGAUGUUUGAGUGCGAGCUUCAGCAGGCUGUGCUUGAUGUUUGUAGCGGCCAAAACAAUUUCGAUCGAGAGAGCCAGAAUUUGAUUUCGUUUCUUCAAUCUGUUGUGGAAAUCCCGAAAAGAAGUUCUGUACAACAGAAAGCUUCAGUGAUGACGGUCAGUAGGCUUGUCGAUAAAGUGAUAAAUCCUGUUUGCUGUCGCACCAGUGCAAGCGCGCAGAUAGAGCUCAAUCUAUACACACUCGUCCAGCGUUUAUUUCAACACUUUGUAACGACCAACGCGUUCGCGGACUCUGAUCAUGCUGUCUUGCAGAAUUCGUUCCAGCUGGUUCUAGGAGUGUUUUGCACUUGUGAUGCUAUUGACCUGACAUUGAGGGUACACGUUCGCGAGAAAUUGCUUCUGCUACUGAAGAACAUCAUGGAGUUGAUGCCUGGGGCUGCGUCGAUAGCCAUGCCGGAGCAGCUGAAUACACCGCUCCUUCCGUCGCUGUGGACUCUGUUGCACCUCUUCUAUGGCGAUAUGGUCAAUCACAAAUUCUGCAAUGGCUGGGAUGAUGUUGUACUCGUCAAAGCGUACAUGCAGGCAAAAUCAAUCGACGAUUCACAUGCUGCUUUGCCACUACACGUACGGAGUGUGGUUUCUGCAGUCCAAGUAUUGCUUUGGGAACUGCUCUGGAAUUCGACACUUUUGAUAAAGCCGAGUCCGGUGUUUUCCAAUGCCGAAACGUGGAGUCUUAUGGACGCUAUUGCUGGAUUUGAUUUAUUUGAAAUCGACUCUGGCGUUUGUGCGAUCAAAGGGUCUCUCUUAAUCCAUCAUGCGGUUGGAAACAUUGUGCUCGAGUGUGGUGGUGUCGUCUUCGAAGAACUGCUUGGUAGAAUUAUUCCGCACCUGUUGAAGUAUGAGUCAAAUGAGCCGAACGCCGCUUUAAAAGACAGUCUUCAGUUACCCAAGUGGGCUAUCGAAAAGCUGUUCGAGCGAUCAAAAGGUGAGCUGCACAUUCCGUGUCAGCUUGUGUCGACUCACUUCGAAAUGCGCUACGUUGCAACAUGCUGGUAUCUCCUGUGUGCAGCUCGAGAGCUAGUUGCGACAACGCCCGCGCUAAUAUUGCAAUCCCUCAGCAAUGUUCUAGCCGCUCACGAUCGAGCUGUCUCAUCUUCCCAAAGAUCACUGUCAGGGACGUUAUUUUGUAUUCAGUGGCUGAGCUUCUUGGCGUCGACCGUAGUUGAGCUACAACUGGACAGGAUGCCAGCAUGGCCUACUCUUCGAAUACAGCUUGAGCUGUUGCUGCUGCGGUUGUUGCACCACCUGGAGCAAUUGAAAGGAGUAUCGGCGAGUGAAGCACAAUUUAGCCAGGGUUUCGUAGCGGCAUGGCUGGCGUACCUACCUCCUCGUCAGUUCGAGAAUGUUUUUGGUUUUGUAGCGAGCAGGACGACAAGUUAA